UGUUGUAAAAAAGCUCUGUUCAUGAGAUAAUUUUUUUUCUGUUUUGCAGGUAUGUUCUUGAGUUGAGUAGCCAACAUAUAGAUGUAAAUUGUAGCAUUGCUGCUUUUUUAAAUAUAGCCACAUGGCAGAAGUUCUACCUUGCAAACAACUUUUCUGAACUGGCUUCACAAGAUUGCAUGCUCAGAUUGGGUGGAAAUUAUUGAACCCCGUUCUCGAGAACGAAUGUAUGUCAACUUGACAACUGGAGAAUGUGGUUGGGAUCCACCACCCAACCUCAGAGUCCGUCAGUCUGAUGAGAACCAGUGGUGGGAACUCUUUGAUCAAAACAACAAUCGUUUCUAUUAUUACAAUGCCAUCACUCAGCAGACUGUGUGGCACAGGCCACAGGGUUGUGACAUUGUGCCAUUAGCUCAGCUCCAAGCCAUGAAACGCAAUUCCCAGUCUGAUUUCAGGACAUCACAGCACAGGAGCAGUACAAGUAGUGAGGGACGAAACACUCCUAUCCAGAUAACUCUUCUACAGGACAUGGAGAAGGGUAAAGACAGAAACAGUCUGGAGAAGAGGCCAGAAACUGAAAGAGAUACUCUUACUGGGUGGCAGCCUUUACCAGGGACUAAAGCAGCCAUGCUGGUCAAAGUUAAUAGCCUUAGACAAGUAAAUUCUUCCUCAAGCAAUUCCUUUCAGAUGCAGAACAAUUCAGAAAUCAGCAGCCAGAAAUCUAUGCAUCCCAAAGCAGUUGUUUAUGCCCAGUCUCAGUCUAUAGUCCCAAACUCAUUAACUCCAAAAUCUACAGCUCCAGUAGAGACGAAGCGUUCAAUGAAAAUUAAAAAGACAGAGAAUGGAGGGUUUUGUCUGGUACUAACUAAUGGACAUACUCCUCAGCCUCCCUCAGAAAAUCAGUCACAAACAACGUUGCCUGAUUCUCCCAAGUAUGCUUCUCCAGCUCCAAUAUAUGAUGAACCAUCAAUUGACGCCCCAAUUUAUGAUGAACCUCCUAUAGAUAUGGACAUUGGAAUUACAAAUAUGAAUGGGACAACUCCACAGUUGUCCCCAAGCAGUAGCUUAAAUAAGAAGUUGCAACCAAUUAAAUUAUUACAGCAUCCAAGUAUACAGCAACACCAGGCUGGAAAAAAGCAUUUGAGAAACCCUUCUACAACAGAAUACAGCCCUGUGGGAAAAGAAUAUAUUAAACAUAUGGUCAACAUUGACCAGUCAUCCAAAAAAACUAAUUCUACCACUGUGAUAGUUGAUGGCAUUGAUAAAUCCCAAAUGGGUCAGCUUAGCUCUAGGGAGAGCUUCAAGCAGUCAUGGAGAGUCUUAGAAGCUAAUGUUCUUAAAAAUAUGGAAGCCCACAAUAGCCGGCAGAACAAUCUUCAGGCUCAGGAAUACCCUACAGUGAUAAGUCAGCAAGAUUCUGGCUAUUCAACAGGUCCUUCUCCAAGCUUAAGAAAGAGAAAAGGAAGACGACAUGCUCCAGGCCAAGGAAGACCUGGUUCUGUAGGCAGCAACAGUGAACUCACUGCUCUGAAUGACAAGCUUAUUGCAGAGAUGCGUUUAGUAGUGAAUAGAUCUGCAGUCUGCAGAGGGAGCAAAGGUAGCUUAGAUGCAGAAAUGCUGGAGAAUGGUAGUAUGCCAGAGGGUAAUAAAAUUAAGUUUCAAUCAGACCAUUUUAAAAAGUGUAAUAGCAGGAACUCAAGAGAUAAUCUGACGUCUAGUAACAGGUCAUUAUAUAGGCCUACAGUGGAUGGUAAAGGGAGUCUCUCAAAUGAUCCAGCAAUACAGCAAGAUGUGGUGAGGCAGAAAAGAACUUAUGAAAAAGUAGAUUCUUUAGAAAAGAAUCUGGCCAGCCAGAUAAACUUAUCAUCAGACACAGCACAAUUAUCAACACAGUGCGGAACAAUAGGGUCUCAUUCUCAACAAGAGAAUAACGUUCAACCUGGUACCGACAUUGGAUAUCAGUUUCCCUUCCACACCAUACGAAAGCCCAUCUCCCAAAGCAGCAUGACUGACUGGGCUUCCAAAAAUCUUAAUAUGCAUACUCAGGGCAUCUUUCGUCGAAGGCUCUCCAUUGCCAACAUGCUGUCUUGGAAUGGUGGCUCCAUCAAAAAGCCAAUGCUUAUCACCAGCAACUGUACCAUCAAAAAGGAAGCCUGCGAAAUAUUUAAACUGGUACAAAUCUACAUGGGUGACCGGCAAGCCAGAAUGGACCGGAAUAAUGUGGCUUUGAUCACCAUCACCAAAUGCUGGAGUAUUCAAGGUUUACGGGAUGAGCUAUACAUUCAACUAAUCAGACAAACAACAGACAAUAUGUGCUACCAAAGUCUGGCAUGGGGCUGGGAACUCAUGGCAAUUAGUCUGGCCUUUUUCUCCCCAUCACCCAAGUUCCAAUCUUACCUGGAAGGUUACAUCUAUCGUCACCUCAGCCAAAUCACCGAUGAAAAUAUUACCCAACGCAUUAAGGAACUUCUGGAUCUGAAAAAUAAAAAGAACUCAAAAUCCAGGAAAAAGAGAAAACAGAGCACAGAGGAUGAAGGUCUACCAAUCAGCACUUAUGCCAGAUAUUGUUACCGAAAGCUGCAAAAAGUAGCAGUCACUGGAGGCAAAAAAGGUCUCCGGAAACCUACAGUUGAGGAGAUAAUACAUGCCAAGAAUGCUAUUGUGACACCUUCACUGUUUGGCAGCUCUCUGGAAGAAAUCAUGUCACGGCAGCAGGACAUGUAUCCAGAUAACAAGUUGCCUUGGGUACAAACACAGCUGUCUCAGCAAGUACUGCGACUGGGGGGAGAACAGACUGAGGGAAUAUUCAGAAUUCCUGGUGACAUUGAUGAAGUCAAUGCUCUAAAACUACAGGUGGAUCAGUGGAAGAUUCCUAAUAACCUUAGUGAUCCCAAUAUACCAGCUUCUUUGCUAAAGCUGUGGUACCGAGAACUGGAAGAGCCUGUCAUCCCACAACAAUUCUACAAGGAGUGUGUCAGCAACUAUGAGAAUCCUGAUGCUGCAGUGGCUGUAGUUGAACUCCUGCCAGAGCUCAAUAGAUUGGUCUUGUGUUACCUCAUCCACUUCUUACAGAUUUUUGCCCAGCCAACCAAUGUAGGCAAAACCAAGAUGGAUGUAAACAAUUUGGCUAUGGUGAUGGCUCCAAACUGUCUGCGAUGCCAGUCUGAUGACCCCAGAAUCAUCUUUGAAAAUACCCGCAAAGAGAUGUCUUUCCUGCGCAUGCUGAUUGUGCACUUGGACACAAGUUUUAUCAAAGGAAUGGUGUGAAGGAUUGGUUUCAGGCAAGACAGUGCAAAAAAAGCAAACAGUUCUUGCCAAUAUUUCCUUUUUUGAGCCUCACAUUGUUUCCUCUACAGUUUCCAAGAUCCUACAGUUCUUUCUGGUGCUUAACAAUUUGUUUACUCAUGCUAAUACUAAGGUUGAUGGAUAUUUGGUAGCCCCAUAAUGAUUCAAGUCAGUGACCAUACAAGAAAGAGUUUUGAGGCACCAGAGAGCAAAAUCUUAGACCGUGCUCUGGAGCAUUCCUAAGACCUGCAGUAGUUGUUACCAGCAGCUCUGCGUGUACAAAGCUCAAAUGUUAUAUUGCUUUGCACUUCACUGAGGAGUCCAUUGCACAUUAAAAGUGGAAGUUUGUUGGGAACAAACUGUUUGCAGAUACUGGGAUUUGCUUCUGUCACCUGAAGAUUCAGUAUUUCAUUAGUUAUGCCUCACUCCAAGUAAGAUUGUUAUUUCAGGCUGCUAAAGUAUAUAUUCUGCCUUGUUCUGCCAUUCAAAUUGCUGACUGCUUUCUUCUCCAACAGCUUCCCCUGUAUGUUUUCUCUCUUUAAAGGACGAUUCUCUUACCAAAGAGAAGUUCUGCAGCACUAGAUGAGCUACAGCUUGUGACACAGGAUGACUCUUACUGUGCCUGAGGAUACUUUACUAUUCAAGUUCUGAGCAUCAACAUUGUCCAAAAAUGUAAACUAUCUUGAAUAGAAUUUCGGUAGAAAGCGAAACAGCAAAGAAGUGAAACUAUAUAUUUCCCUUGUUUUGCCGAACCAUAAUUUGGGAAGAGGCUGUUUAAAUCUUAAGCCACUUUUAGCUUAGGUUUGCUCCUUUAUUGUUUGGGUUAGGUGAUUCAAACUCAAGAGAUCCUUGAAUUUCUUUGAAUUAAGGUUAAAUCAGUUGUGGUUGUAAUUUCUCCAGAAUUGAGAUUUAUCCUAUGAGAUAAACUGCAGUGAUUAUGGCCUCUUCCUCUUUGGUUCAGCAUAGACUAAAAUCAGGUACGGAGUUGCUGUAAAGCUUUUUAGAACAAACAUGAACAACUACUCAAAGGUUCUGCCAAUGUCAAGAUUUUGUGUUCUGUUUCCCAUUCAGCCUAUUCUAAGCAGACAACUAGAAAUAAUUCCUUGGAUUAAAGGAAGCUGCAAGGUGGAGAGAUUUGAGUUAAUAGAAAUUGCAGAAUCGGAGAAAAUUAACUGUUCUUCUCUUUACCACUAUCCAAAUAUCCUCAGUGUGCUGUUAGACACAGAGAGAGAGAGAGAGAGAGAGAGAGUGCGCGAGCGAGCGCACAGGCCAGAUUGUACCUGUCUUGUUUUCUCCCUGACCAGUAGCAAUUUCAGAAAUACAAUUUAAAUUGAGACUGCAGUGCAUAGAGGAAAAUAUGUUUCUUAGUUCUACUAAGAUCCGUACUAUUCAAAAUCGUUUGAAAUCCGACCGUUCAAAAUCCAAUCCGUACUAUUUCCCACAAUUGCUUUUUAAAUUAAAAAAAAUUGAGAACUCUGAAUAUGAAUUUCUCACAUUUUGCAUUAUAGCUGUUAAACAGUAUAAUGCUGUCUUACUCUGGAUUUCAUUCUGUUCUUGCCUAAAAGUCUCAGCCUUCCUCAGAAAGACUGCUAUUAUCUUUGUUCUUUCAGUCCCUAGAAUACAUGCUGAAGAGGAGGAGGACUGGUGCUUCAGUUGUGUUUCUUUCUUUUGUCCUUACACUGUGAACACAUCUCUGAAACCAAAGCCUUCUGUGUUCCUUUCACUAUGUCAUUUUGGAAGUGGGUGUAAUUCCUUUAACAAGCUUCUAGACAGAAUAACAGGCUUGAAUUUCUUGGAAAGAAAUUGGGAAUGGUCAAGGAAGUAAUGUUACACAAAAAGCAAAAUCAACUUUGUUAAUUCUUACACAGUUGGUUCUAAGAGCUCUUCCUGUGCCAGUAAGAAUGGGAUUUGUCCUAGACAUAUUAGUAUUUCCAAGUCAGUGGUUAGUAUGAUCUAACUGGGUAAAGAAAUACAUAUUUUCCUUUUAUUGCCAGACAUUGUGACACACUUGUUAGAAUGCUUUCACAUCUUAUUAAUGGAAUUAACAUUUACUACUGUUUCCCUAUUUGAGUCAGUUCUGCUGUAAAAUUAGAUCUUUUAAGAUGAUCUAUGUCAUAAUUCCAAAGCCUUUGUUCACUCUUUACCUCAUAGUGUCUUUUGAGAUUUAGCUGCUUUUCAGGUGACAAUUCAAGGUAUCUGGAAAUAUUAAUGUGUAAUUUUCAAAUAAGGCCAUCUUCUGAGACUCAUAGUCUAUGUACAUGUAUCUGUCCAUAACUGAUACUUUGAAGCUAAGCUCAGCCCAGAAUUCAGGCAUUGAUUAUGAUAUAUUUUUUUCUCUUAUUGAAAGUUCCAUUUGAUGUAGUCAAUUAGCCUGAGAUUUCUGAGGAGCUAGGUGCUAUUCAGAUAGGCUCCUCUACCAGAAUUUGGCCAGUACUCUUGAUAAAAUCUGAAUAGGAUCUUAUUUUUUGUUCCAGAUUAAUAAGGAUUAGAAACCUGUUAACAUGUAUGUGGAGAAAGCCCCAUUAAACUCAGUGGGACUGACUUCUGAGUAAACAUCCAUGUGAUUGUUAAAAUAUUGAGUUGUAUCUAACGUAAUCCUCCCACCACUGUACACUACUGACAGAUCAAAUUCAGAAUUACUCUUGCAGCCCCUGGGUGUCCUCCAGAUCUGUUCCAUAGGACAAGGAGAGGAAUGGAAACUAUUGUUGAUUGAGAAGAAAUUCAUCACACAUAACA